CGAUGAACCUCUCUCUUUAUUACCCGAGACGUCCAAAACACGACGCGCUUCUCCCGGCAGGGAGGAGAGAGCGAGCGAAGGUGCUCACAUCAUUUAACGGGCGAUGAUCUGACUGGAGCCGGUGGACAGUAAUCAUACACAGACAGGGAACGGACUAGGCAAGUGUUUGUUUGGGUUUUUUUACAAAAUUUUGGCCGCCAAACUUAAAUGGCACGGAACGAGCUGAGUGCGACAUCUCGUCAGAGACGCCAAAAUAAUUAAAGAGCAGCAUGAGGCUGAGGAGUCCCGCUGGGAUCUGAGAGGGAGGAAUUCGGCCCCCCAGCGGUGUAGACGGACCCCAGACUCCAAACCCCCGCAGCUCGGAAGGGACCAGCUUUUUGACUUCACGUGGACGACAGGGAUUCACACAUCACCUCAGGGGUUUUGGCGCUUCUGAUUGGACGUUGCCUCAGUUCAUCCGGCCCACAGGCUUUUGUUUUCUUCCAGCUUCAACUUAUUAUUAUUUUUUUUCAGGUGAUGAUGCCGUUGUAACUUUAUUUUCCAUUAGCAAAGAUGGAAAAGUUUUCAGCCACCACCACUGAGUGGGUGGGUUAUUCAAAGGAGCCCGGUGGAGCUUUUUGGAGAAUUGAAGUGGAUGUUUGCUGCUGUUGAAACACCUGUGAAGCUGCAGAGUUCAUCUGUAAUCUUGUGAAAAAACGUCUGUGCGUGUUUAUCCUGAGACUCAGACACAUUUUCAUGUAAAUGAGUGCUGCAGCGGAGCUGAUUUCUAAAACAUCUGGACGGAUACAGAAGAUUCCCUAACAGAUUUAGAUUUCCUGCUGUUUUCUAAAUGCUAAAAUACGCAAUAACACUUUUUUUUGAGGGUGCUGCUCUUUACUGACGGACAGCCCUUCACAAACACAACUAAGGCUGGAACUGCAGGACGUCUUAUUGACUGAAUGUUUCUGGAUUUUGAACUGUUAUUAAUUCACUUUAUCAUCAUUUUUAACUUCUUUUGAAAAUUCUAAGGAUCUUGGAAAUUAUUUUCUUGAUCAUUUCAACAAGAAUGCAGAAGCCAUUUUGAAGACUGUUUACAUUUUUUGAAGUAUUGAGUGAAAGAGCGGCCAUCUUGAAACAAGCCUGUCAUUGUGAUGAUUUUGAAGGAUGAACUGACUUCAAUGCAUCAGUUUUCAAGGGAAGCGGCUUAUCCGUCAUCGCCAGAGAAGCAAGCUGCUGGUAACAGCUUUCAUCACCUGCUUUUAUUUAGUUAGUUUCCACUUUGGACUACAGCCCAUAGGAUAGCAGCAUUUUAAUCAGCAAUAUCUUUUUUUAUCACAGAAUGUGAUAAAAGUGCCAGAAUUUGUUUUUAUUGACCCCAGAGAGACGAGCCACAAGCUUGCCGAGUUUAACAUCGUCCAGAGGAAAACAGGACCUCUCGUUCAUCCCAUCCUGUGCGUCUGAAUUCGCCUCGCGAGGGGGAACUCUCAGUCCGUCCCGUCACCGCCAUGGUGAUGUCGCAUGGCACCUACACCUUCCUGGCCUGUUUCGCCGGCUUCUGGUUGGUCUGGGCCGUCAUCGUCAUGCUCUGCUGUUUCUGCAGCUUCCUGCAGCGCAGGCUGAAGUGCCGCCACGAGGAGCGCCUGAGGGAGCAAUGUCUGCGGACCGUGGAGAUGGAGCCACUCAGCUGUCACCCCGGGGGAUACCCGCCUCCUCCUCCUCCUCCCCAGCCUCCACCACCACCUUUACAGCUGCCCAGGGAGCCGCCGCAGUUUUGCCCUCCUCAAACCCUGUCGCCGCCUCUUCCUCUGCAGGUCCCUCAUCUCAUGCCACAGGCAAACUGGGUCAGCAUGCCAGACACAGACCUAUUUGGGAAACCACCUUGCUAUGAGGAGGCAGUUCUGAUGGAAGAUCCUCCUCCGCCCUACAGUGAGGUCUUGGCAGACCCGCGGGGGGGCACCUACCUGAAGCCAGCCCCGCUCCGAACCGCACCACCUCCGCAUCUGAGGGAACACCAGGAUCCUGCUCCAGUGUUCACAUCCGAGCCCAGCAAGCCUCCCGUGACGGCUGUGUUCCCCGAGCGAGGUUACUCCUCCCUGAUACGCCUGCCUUCGUCCCAGCGCUGGGACUCCCUGGGUCAUCUCCUGUCCAACAUGGACCUGAACCACAACAACCUCACCCCGCCGGGGGCCCGCUCCAUCCAGGCUGCCGCCGCGAUGGCUACCAUGCCCCGCCGAGAGCCCAGGACUCACCAUGAUGGACUUGGGCUGAGAGGUGGAAUACAAGGACUCCAAGGAAACAUACAUGGACUCCAAGGAAGCAUACAAGGACUUCAAGGAGGCAUACAUGGUCUUCGAGGAGGGAUACAAGGACUCCAAGGGGGGAUCCAGGGUUUCCAAGGAGGGUUACAGGGGCUUCAGGGGGUCCAUAGUCUGAGGGGUCUGGAGCCCAGCUGUGGCCUGCCAACAGCCUUCCCCCUGCUGGGUCGUAGCACCGCUGUCUAGACCGGGAUGCUUACUGGAGUCGUCUAACUAACCAAUAAGUUGGCCCAUCACUGAAGAGCCUUCAAGGAGGAGAUCUACAAAGACAGACUUACUGUCUGUGUGCCUCCUCUGCGUGUUUGCAGCACUAACACUGCUAGUAGUAGAGAUUUAAUUCCCUGAAAG